GAAUAACUGGCCACACCCCUGGAAUAGUGGACCUAUAAGCAGCUGCUAACUUAUUUUUCUUUCUCUAAUUUUUUUAAUUAUCUUUAUUUAAAAUGAACCAUGUACAGUUACAACAUACAUGUCACCAUGACGCACUGAACCAGAUUGUCGCUCCACAGCUCGUUUGCAUCUGUCGUCCCCUGACAGUCCAUAACACAACAACUUCCUCAAACACCAGCGGCAUGAACAUCUGGCCCACUUGACCGCGCUGCGCAUUUAUUGUCCCCACCUUUGAAACUUCGGGUGAGAUAAUAUUUAACGAGCAAAAAGCCAGCGAGUCGCAUAACUCAAAAGUACAGCCUCCGCGCGCGCGUGCCCGAUUGGCUUGGGAUUCAGACGGUGAUCUCGGUCGCACGCUUUCACCACAGCGCGGAAAACCAUGGUUUGUUGUUUUUGUGUUAAUACUCACAUAUCAGGUGUUUCAUGUGCAGGGCAGGGGAGCAUUUCUGAGGUGUGCGGUCCGCUCCACUGUGCGCAGGUUUCCAUCGCCAAGGUGAUCCUCGGAGUGGUCGGGCUUGGAGCGGUCGUCACUCUGAUCGCGGUACCCAUGUCGAUAUUCUUGAAAGAGGGGGAGAAGAGAAACACAAGAUCGUUUACCCUGGAGGACGCCUUCAACAGCUCACUGAAGCCAAAGUCUGUCAGCAUGAAGUGGAUCUCAGAUUACGAGUAUCUGAAUAAAUCCGAGGGGUCAGUCUUCCUCCAGGAUGUGGUCACAGGAGCGUCAUUGAAGCUCUUGAGCAAAGAAGAGUUUAGCGAAAAAGGCGCUUAUGACUACCAGCUGUCCGCUGACCGCGCAUAUGUGGCAUUCAUGAGCAAUCGUACCAAGCGGUGGCGGCAUUCAUUCACAGCUACAUACUCACUCUAUGACCUCAAAUUGAAACAAUUCCUUCAACCCGCUGACAUUCCUGAAGAAACCCAGUACUUUUCCUGGGCUCCCGAGGGGAACAAGCUGGCCUAUGUAUGGAAAAAUAAUGUGUAUAUAAAGACCGGCCCCAGGCUGCCAUCAAAGCAAGUCACUUUCAAUGGCGUGGAGAAUCUGAUUUUGAAUGGUAUCCCGGACUGGGUGUAUGAGGAGGAGAUGUUCUCAUCCAAUCAGGGCCUCUGGUGGUCGCCUGGAGGGAAGUACGUGGCUUACGUUGAGACCAACGACACCGACGUCCACAACAUAGAGUACUCGUGGUACGGCGAGAACCAGUACCCCAGCACCGUCUCCAUUCGAUACCCAAAGCCUGGAACUCCCAACCCGACCGUGAAGCUGUUUGUUGUGGACGCUGAUAACACAACGGACGUCUCGGAGGUCGCUAUCCCAGAACCCUUUGGCUCAAGUGAGCACUACUUGGCGACCGUUACUUGGGCAACAGAUGAAAGUCUAGCUGUCCAAUGGCUGAAGAGAGUCCAGAACCACCUCCUCCUUCAGAUCUACACUUUUAGUGGAACCAGCUGGGUUCCUGGUGAGCAUCUGAAGAUGAAGAGCCCCACGGGUUGGAUUGGACGGUUCUCUCCAUCAGAACCGGUGUUCGACGUGGACAAGAACAGCUACUACCUUGUGAUGAGCAACACCGACGGGUACAAGCACCUCCAUCACGUGGUCGGGGAAGUAGCCACAGCGCUCACCUCGGGGAAAUGGGAAAUCAUUGACAUUCUGAAGGUGACGGCAGAUAGUGUAUAUUAUUCAAGUAACCAGGAUGGUGGCCGGCCAGGAGGGAGGAAUGUUUACAGGUGGACCACACAAGACCCAAACAAGUGUCUGACCUGUGCGUUACGCAGAGAGGACUGUCAGUACAAUUCGGCCUACUUCAGCCACAACGCCUCCUUCUACCGCCUCAGCUGCAGCGGUCCCGGCAUUCCUUUCUAUUCUUUCAUGGAUACCAGAAUUGAUAAAGAGCACAUUGUUUUGGAGGAAAAUAAAGUAUUCAGCAGCCUAAUAUCUGACAUCCAGAUGCCAUCUGUCCGCCGCCACUACAUCCCGCUGGGAGGAUUCAAUCUCUGGUACCAGAUGCUUUUGCCUCCAGGUUUUGACGAAUCCAAGAAGUACCCUUUACUACUAGAUGUGUACGCCGGUCCCUGCAGUCAAAAAGUCGACUUCAUCUACCGGGUGGGCUGGUCCACCUACCUGGCCAGCACCGAGAAAGUCAUCGUCGCCAGCUUCGACGGAAGAGGAAGCGGUUACCAAGGCGACAAGUUAAUGCACGCCAUCUACAAAGGUCUGGGAACCCACGAGGUGGAAGAUCAGAUAACAGCCGUCAGGGAAUUCAUCAAACUGGGCUACAUUGACAAAGACAAAGUUGCAAUUUGGGGCUGGUCUUACGGUGGGUACGUGGCAUCGAUGGCGUUGGGAUCUGGAAGUGGAGUUUUCAAAUGUGGAAUGGCGGUCGCUCCCGUGUCCAAAUGGGAAUAUUACGGUAAGCGUCUUCACGUUUACCUCCUCCUCCUCACACACUCACGUUUACACACAAUAUCUGCAUCUCUGGUUAUUCCAGAUUCCAUCUACACAGAGCGCUACAUGAUGCAGCCCUCAGAGAACAAUCUGGGCUACAGCAACUCCACGGUGACUGCCAGGGCCAAGAAUUUCCAUUCAGUGCAGUAUCUCCUGGUUCAUGGAACAGCCGACGACAAUGUUCAUUUCCAGCAGGCGGCCGAGAUCUCUGAAGCUCUGGUGGAGCAGCAGGUGGACUUUGAGGCGAUGGUGAGUCAUCUGGGGGAAGCAAACGGCUCGGUGUCAUUUCACGAACACGUUGCGUUCUGCGCUCUUCUUUCAGUGGUACACGGACAAGGACCACGGGCUGGGCGGCUCGGCCUACAAACACGUCUACACACACAUGAGCCACUUCCUCCAGAGGUGCUUUGCAUGAGCUCCACUGCAUCGCUUUCAAAAAUUGUGGAUACAAUCUUUAGUUUUAAAUGCAGCCUUGAUUAUUAAUGCUACAAACGCCUGAAAAGUAAAAAAUGGUACAUGUCAUAAUAUAUUCACGAAAUUGUUUUGUCUUAAAAAAAAAUGCUCCUAACGACGGGGAAACAACAGAGACAUGAUAAUGAAAGUAUACUUGUACUACUGGAGUGUACAGUGGGACUAUUGGAUUAAGUUAUACACAGAAACCAUACUUUUAUACAGUUUUACCAAACGUAUGUGAUUGUCCGAUUGUUUUAUAAAAUAAUAAAGAAUUAAAUAAUGAGAA